UUAAUCGUAAUGGCAAGACAAAUCGAAAUUAUUUUGCUACUUAUUGCUCAGUGUUCCUGUUCCACGUUUCAAAACAGAUUCACAGUUCUAAAUGGGGUCUUUUUAGGGACGGUAGACGACCAGAUAAGGGACGUGUCGCUCCUUCAAUGUGCUGUUUUCUGCCGACAUCGGAAGCGUCAAAAUAGAUGUCAGACUGCCGGAUACGACAUAUUAACUGGAACGUGUUAUUUCAGCCUGGACUCCAUUUACAACAUGACACCGGCUCCAAACGAUCAGCUGUAUGUUAUGGAAAUGUUUGAACUGCCGACAAUAACUGUUCCACCAGCAACCACAUCUACAACUGAGGAAGGGCAGUGGGUCUCUGGGGUGAUUACGUAUUCGUCGCAGUAUGGUACCGACGGGUGGAGUGCGCAGCAAAUACUGGGUGUUCCAGAUGUGUACCCUACAUACGCGGAUGACACUAGAGCAUGGGCCCCACAAGUCAUCGACGCCAACCAGUUCUUGGAGUUCCAGUUCGCCACUCCCGUCUACGUAACACAAGUCGACGUCUACGAGACUUUCAAAGCUGGCGGUGUCAAGGCUAUUAAUUGCCUUGAUGUCUCAGGCACGUGGAUAACGCUAUGGUCGACGCCCCAAGUAUCCGUUAUUGAGUCUGCGAGGAUAUUUAGUCCAUUGUUUACGUCUACAAUUCCUUGUUUCUCGAACCAAAUUCGGUUGGAUAUCGACUGCACCGUAGCAGUUAGCUGGGUGGAGAUAGACUCUGUGAGGCUGCACGGCUCCCAGGUGCCGACAACAACUAGUCCACCAGCAACCACGUCUACAAUUUAGGAGACCACGAUGAUGUGGACAUCGGGAUACACUCCUUCCUUAAAUUAAACUGUAUUGCCGGCAAGGUGGUCCUGUAUUCAUGCAGCCUUUGCCGGCCAGGACCGAUCAUUUCCAGCCCAAACAAGAAACAUGAACAUUAAAGACAAAAAUGAUAUGUUUUAAACAAAAUUUGAAAAUUAUUAUAGCCAAUAAACUAUUUGAUAUCAAUAUUCAUAAAUGUCGCUGACAAAUAUCUAAACUUAAUUCUUCUUAAUCAAAUAAAGUAAAUCGUCACGUAUGGUUUCCUAUCCCGAACAUCCCGGAUAUUCGGGAUAAGAAACAAUACGUGACGGUUUACGCUAUUUAAAUUACAUUAAUUCGUAUUAUCUGUCAAAAUGUUGCAUAUGAAAAAAGCCUUAUUUAAUUAAAUGUAAUUGGUAAAUAUAAUUUAAAUACAAAUGCACUCGUGCUAAAGUGAUUAAGUAUGUAGACUCAUGAAUAUGUGAUAUUUAUAAAAUUAUAUUAUCUAAAUACAAUGACGAUUAUGAUUAGUCUGUUUAUAUGUGUUCUUACUUUUAAAUACGUUUGUAGUUAACCUAUAAUUGAUACAAUGUAUGAUGUCAACACACAUCUUGUGUUUUAAUGAGCAUUCCUUGGAUGAUGACUAUUAUUUAUUUAAUUAUCAUGUCAACAAAUUAUAUAAUUUCAUUCUGGCACAGCUGUUUUCAAUUUAAGCGCCAUUGCAUGUAAAGGUCAUUUAUUAUAACACAUUAUUUUAGAAUUAGAACAAUCCCUAAACAAUUUGUGUUGUUUUUAAUGAAAUACAUCGAAAACAAAUGCAAAUUACAACUAUUUGACGUAUUUUGAUAAAUUUGGCAACAAUAUCACCGUUUUGUCGUUAACAUAUUAUCAAAUAAGCCAAUUUAUGCAAUUAUUUAGAAAAGUUUGAUUAAUUAAAUGCACCAACACAUGGGUUGUUGUGUAUAUUAGGAAA